GCGGUAAAUGCAACUGCCAAUAAACACCAAAGAAGAAGAAAGAAGAAUAAUUGCGCAAUAUCCGUAAGCGGUGCAGUCUGGGGUUCUGCUGCACAACACAGGGCUGGCGCAACUGGCUAGCUAGCUGACCACUUGAGAUGGAUGUGUUCUUAAUGAUCCGGCGUCACAAGACCACAAUCUUCACAGAUGCCAAGGAGUCCACCACUGUGUAUGAGCUGAAGCGUAUUGUUGAAGGAAUUCUUAAGAGACCACCUGAAGACCAGAGGCUGUACAAAGAUGACCAGUCGCUAGAGGACAGCAAAACUCUUGGCGACUGUGGAUUCACUAACCAAACCGCCAGACCUCAAGCUCCAGCUACAGUUGGUCUGGCCUUCCGCAUAAAUGAUGAGAUGUUCGAACAGCUGCACAUCGAGGCCUUCUCCAGCCCCCCAGAACUCCCAGAUGUGAUGAAGCCUCAGGACUCCGGUAGCACUGCCAACGAACAGUCUGUGCAGUGAUAAUCAGGAGAGGAAACAAGCAACGGAGGAGGGAAGGAUGGAAGUGGGUGUGUGUGGAUUAACUGCAGUGGAGGAUAUGUAAAAUAAUUUCAGUUGAUGGAUGGGGACAUUAUAGGUAACCAAGCCUAUCCAUGUUACCUUCAUGCUAUCAUCCCAGCAUCCCCACCAAUUUGCUUCACAAAUCAUUAUUUUUAAGUAUGAUUUCCACAUCACAUGCGGUUCUGCUCCUUGACUUUGCUCUUAAGCACCAACUGGCUCAAACUUUUUUGAGUGAAGAAGUUGCUUUGGAAAAGUAUGAUUGUGUGUAUGUUUGUGUGCGUGCGUGAGUUAUUAUAAUUAUUAUCAUUAAUAUUUUUGGGAAAGGUGAAAGCAUAGUUGUGUUUCACAGUGCUUUAGAAGUAACAUGCAUAGGUAAGGAAUCCGGUAUCAGAAUCGGCAAACUGCAUGAACAAAAUUAAAACAAAAAGGCUUUAUUUUCACAGAAACAGAUAAACGUUCAACUGAUAAGUUUCCUUGGUCUGAUUCUCCCAGUUCUGUUGUACAUUUCUGAUUUGAUUUCAUACCAGGAAAGAAAUAAUUAUAAUAAUUAUGUGUAGUUUUUUCCCCGUUGUCAUUCUGUUUUGUCAGUAUGUUUUCCUUGUCAGUUCUUUGCUCUAUGUUUCAUGCACUGAGACCAAAGCCAGGUACCUCUUGGACAACAGAGGGAAUUAUUUGGUCAAAGGACAUUCUGUCUGUGGUUACAGUAUACACAGGAGGAGAGUUUAUUGGUGUUAAAACUUAAGUUUUAAAAUGCAUACAUCACCACAUGUCACCAACCAUCAAUGUGGCACCUUCCCCUAAUCACACAAACAUAGCCUGUAACUGUGAGCUUGCUUAAUUAAAAGUUUUUCCUGUUUUGUUUUUUA